UCCUCCUCCGCGCCGGCAGGGGGCGGUGCGGCGCCGGCGGGCGGCCAUCAUGGCGGUGCUGCUGGAGACCACGGUGGGCGACCUGGUCAUCGACCUGUACACGGAGGAGCGGCCCCGCGCUUGUCUGAAUUUUCUGAAGCUCUGCAAAGUCAAGUACUACAACUAUUGUCUUAUUUAUAAUGUACAAAGGGAUUUUAUUAUACAAACUGGUGACCCCAUGGGAACUGGCCGUGGAGGGGAAUCCAUAUUUUGUCAACUGUACGGUGAUCAAGCUAGAUUUUUUGAGGCAGAAAAAGUGCCAAGAAUUAAGCACAAGAAGAAGGGAACUGUGUCAAUGGUGAACAAUGGCAGUGAUCAGCAUGGAUCACAGUUUCUUAUUACUACAGGGGAAAACUUGGAUUACCUUGACGGUGUGCAUACAGUAUUUGGAGAAGUGACGGAAGGCAUGGAUGUACUGAAGACAAUUAAUGAAACCUUUGUAGAUAAGGAUUUUAUUCCGUAUCAAGAUAUCAGGAUAAAUCAUACAGUAAUUUUAGAUGAUCCAUUUGAAGAUCCACCUGGCUUGUCUAUUCCUGAUCGCUCGCCAGAACCUACUAAGGAACAGCUAGAUAGUGGCAGAAUAGGAGCAGAUGAAGAAAUUGAUGACUUGAAAGGACGGUCUGCAGAUGAAAUAGAAGAAGUUCAGGCAGAAAAAGAAGCAAAAACUCGUGCCAUUCUUCUGGAAAUGGUGGGAGACUUACCAGAUGCAGAGGUCAAGCCACCAGAAAAUGUGCUGUUUGUUUGUAAACUGAAUCCUGUGACCACAGAUGAAGACCUGGAGAUAAUAUUUUCACGUUUUGGUCCCAUUAAAAGCUGUGAAGUGAUUCGAGACUGGAAGACUGGUGAAUCUCUUUGUUAUGCUUUCAUUGAGUUUGAAAAGGAGGAAGACUGUGAGAAAGCCUACUUCAAAAUGGACAAUGUGCUGAUAGAUGACAGGCGAAUACAUGUGGACUUUAGCCAGUCUGUUGCAAAGAUUAAGUGGAAGGGAAAAGGUGGGCGGUAUACCAAGGACGAUUUCAAAGAGUACGAAAAGGAACGUGACAAACCUUCAAAACUUGCUCUGAAAGAGAAGGUAAAACCAAAGCAUGAUGCCAAGUAUGACCUUGUGCUGGAUGAAGAUACAGAAGAGUCUCAAACAAGUCAGUCACACUUGGCUAAAAAACAAAAGAAGAAAAAGCACCACCACUCCGAAGAUGAAGAGGAUGACAAGAGGACAAAAAAAUCUAAGGAUUCUGAUCGAAAACAUGAAGGAGAACGCUGUAGAGAGAAGAUAAAGAAUGAGAAGAAAGACAGGCAUCGGAGUCGCAGCCGAUCUCAAGAGAGAGACUACACUUACAGCAAACAAAAAGAGAAAUACAGAGAAGACUUCCGAAUAAGAGACUGGGAUAAAAAAGCAGGCAGAAGCAGAAGUCCUAAGAAAUCAAAAGACAAAGAGAGGUCCAAGUACAGAUGAAGGACAAGGAAAAAGAGAGGGGAACUAAAAUAUAUUUUCUUCUAGCAUUUCCAACAUUCUCUCAAAUGGAUAUGCAGUUACUGGAUAAAAGCAGUUGCCUUCUGUUGGCAGCUUAGCCUUACAGUUCUAUGAAUGCCCAGCAUAUGGCUGUCAGAGUAAGCCUCAAUUCCAAAAAGGUGGUUUCAAUAAAGUAUUGCACGUUAGUGAAAUGGUUUGAGUCUCCAAUAAGAAAUGUUGUCUAAAGCUUUUUGGAAACAUAAGCGUGCACUAAAUGAAUUGCCCUUCUCCACUGGGAUGGGAUUUGCAGGACAUACCAUCCUUUCUACAAGGAGGCUGUAUUUACCUUUCAGCACAUUCAGGUGCUGUAGUAAUGAAUGUGAUAGAAGACCUGGGGAGGCAGAAAUGUGCUGUGUACAUUCCUUCCAGAAAGUGAGCGGAUAGCAUUUGCACAUGAAUACUCAAAACUCUUAUUUCCUUCCUUUAAAAUAAAGUGCUUCUGGCUGGCUUAGUCCUCUCAGCUCUUUGCUGACAGCACUGUGCAGCAGCAGUUGAAGGCACUGAUGUGCUGCUUGCCGGGGCCGUGGAAGUGCUGCACCAUACUACAUCAAUUGCACUUAGUUGCUCACUUAUUUACUCAGAUUGCUUGGCUGGCUGGCAUUGCUGGAGUAUGCCUCUCAAAACCGAGCUUCACCUGAUGCUUGGCCCAUUUGUAGUCCCUGUUAAAGAUCUGGCCUCUGCAGUGUCAGGCAGAUUGUUAGGUGGGUAAGAAGGAAGAAAGAAGUCAUUAGCAGAAAAGCAAAAUUUGUAACUUGCAUUGUAUUUGCCAAACCUAGAUGGGAUUAAUUUUCAGGUUUUGUGGCAGAAGUAGGCCGAUUAGUAACUUCAUCUACAGAGGAAUGCAGAUGAUGUUAUUGGAGAUUGGGUCUUAGUGAAAGUAGGUAGGCUCUUGAAUGUCUGGCUUGCUCCUAACCAUUUAAACAGUGUUAUGCAUAGAUUUUAAGAUGGUGUAUGUCCUGCUUGUCCUCUCCAGAGGAGGACAGAUCUUACAUUGUUAGGAAGGGAGAUGAGAGACGGGGAAUAGCGUUUGUCUUUCCUUCUUCAUGGCUCGGAGGCAGUCUGUUUUGAUGAAUAAAUGUAACUUUUUUUUCUUUUG